ACUCCACGCAUCGAGUCUGGAGCCGGCGCGGCGGCGCUGUUCGGCGCUCGUUUAACCGGGCUGGAGGCGGUCCCACAAUCCACCGCUGCAGCAAUGGCCGGAGUCCUUAAGAAAACCACUGGACUGGUGGGUCUUGCUGUGGCCCAGAAUCCUCUUGAGCAAUUGAAAAUUUUGUACACAAGAGUCCUCACAGUACUUGAGUCAAUCCCUCCAGAAGCAGCUUAUAGGAAAUACACUGAGCAGAUCAUCAAUGAAAGAUUUAACAUGAUCAAAACAGAGAAUAAUAUUCAAAAAAUAGAAGACAAAAUCAACUGUGGCCAGAUAGAAGAAAUUAUUUCACAGGCUGAGAGUGAACUUUCUCUUGCAAAGAAAAUGGCCAAGUGGAAACCUUGGGAGCCAUUAAUAGAAGAAGCCCCUCACAACCAAUGGAAAUGGCCAAUUUAAACUCUAUAUAUUUUUUUUGGUUCUGUAAACUAUACUACUUGUUAAUUUUGUGCUGUAUAAAUGUCAUUAAAAUGGUUCCCUGCAAACACUGACAUUGUUUUAAAUUUUGCUGCGACUAUAAUUGAUUAUACAAUUUUUAGUGCUCCUUGCAUGACAAUAACCUUUUAUUGUGAACCAGAUGUUUAAUGUCACUCCAACAUUCUUUUUACUCCCUUAAUGCUAUCGGUCUCUUGUUCAGUAAUGAAUACAAAUAGUUUCCUGUUGUUUUGUCCAGGUAAUCAUUGUUUUACUGCCCUGUCACUUACUGUUAUUAACCAUUGCAAGCAGACUUAAUCCUACCAAAUGGUGUCUUGACAAGCAAUAUGAAUUGCCUCCAGGAAAAGUGACAGAAAUUGGGUAUCAGCAGUACAUUUCUGGUUGUGUGAAUAGAAAGGAUGUAGGUAGAUUUUGCAUACAUCUUAUUUUAAAUUCUAGCUAAAAGUUACAGGUACAAGCAGGGGGAGAAAACCCAAUCCAAAAGUCUUUGUGGUGGAAGAUUUAGAAAUUGACAUCACCUCAUGACACUUUGAAUUUGUGUGAUUCCCUAAUAUACAUCUAUCAAGCAAAUGAUGUGUACGUUAAUCAUGAAACAAAAAUUUCACUUCAUUGCGUUAAUACAAUCUAAAUAAAUGGGGGAUUUCCAAUUAAUUGGGACACGUUGGGACCAAUACCUUUUGACCCAAUUAAGUGGCUGCCCCAGUUAGCUUAAAUUUCAUGAAAAUAACAAACUACCAUUUAACUAAGUAACAAAUUAUGUAUUUAAAUGAAAUACAGAAAUUAGACCACUACCAACACUAUAAAACUGUGUAUUAGUUCCUAAUAUUUAGCGACGGAGAAAUUCAUCCAGUGUUUUUGCUGCCGUGUUGAUUGACUGUAAGUAAACAAAAUCAGUGCAGAUAUCUCAUGUAGAUGGUGGACUGCCUUCAAACAGUACUUUCGACGACUGCAUCCUCCAAAUCUUCAUUUUCAUUGUAACAUUUAAGAUCAUUGUUGAUACCUUCAAAUUCUUUGUAGUUGCUAACUCCUGACUAUUUCUGCCAUCUCCAAGCCUGAAUGCUUGAAACUGCAGUGAGCAAAACGGUUCUAAAUUGUCUACUGCUUACUUCUCCCCAACUAUCAGUGACAAAAAUAAUUACUUCAUGAACAGAAACACAUGCAACUGACACUGUUUAAGAAGUGUUCACUCUGAGCAUGGUGUAGUGUAUAAUGGCCACACAAAUGCGUGCAACUGAUGUUAGUUAGAAACUGAUAAUUAAGUGGCUUAGUGUCUCAAAUAAAGAAAGGGAAUCCUG